AUGACGAUCUCUGGGACGCCAACCAUUACGGCCGAUGAGAUUUAUGUUGGAUACACCGGCUGGAUUAAGGCGGAUGGACAAGGGAUGGGCGCUCAACAGGGCACAGGAGCAGGCUCAUCCACAGGAUCCGGAGGUGGACACGGCGGGCGUGGUGGUUCAGUGGCUGGCUCCUACCUAACUAGUGCCAACGAAUCCCAAACAUAUGGCUCCACCUUUGACCCCGCACACGUCGGUAGCGGAGGUGGCGGGUCCGGCGGCGGAAGUGGUGGCGGUUACGUCAAGCUGGUUGGCAACACGAAAAUCGAGAUGGACGGCCUGAUUUCUGUCAAUGGCGACGACGCGAGCAGUACCAACAGUGGUGGCGGGAGUGGAGGAAGCAUCCACAUUACGACAGCCUUCAUCCAGGGUGUAGGAACAAUCAGUGCCCGUGGGGGCGCCGGACAGGGUACCGGGGGUUCUGGAGGCGGUGGUCGUAUUCUAGUCAUCUCGGACAGCAGUGUCUUUGCUGGUAUCAUGUUGGCAGACGGAGGUGCAGUUGCUUCCGACAUUGCUAAACUCUCUAUCGGCUCUCUGACGGCGUCGUCAUAUUAUUCCAGCUACUAUGCGUCCUACGGUAACAUUGACACUCAUUCCUCCAAGUCGUGGGUCCCCAGCUCCAACUCUGUGGGACAGUAUCUGGAAGUGACGCUAACAGACACCAGCGUGGUCUACUCCAUAGAGACCAGGGGCGAUUACGGUACCAACAAAUGGGUCACCAAGUACAAACUUCAGUAUUACGACGAUGAUAUAAGUUCCUGGAAGGAGAUGUCCUAUCCAUACCAAGGAAUCACCGGUAAUUCCAACAGGAACUCGAUCGUUUCACAGACACUGACAGUACCUAUCGUCACAUCUAAGCUGAGGUUCUAUCCGCAGACUUGGUACCGUGGUAUCGGAAUGUCCGUGCGCAUUUACGGUCAUCAACCAGGUAAAUAUAUGACGUGGACAGUUUUAGACUUCAGGGACGUUAUGGAAUACAAUUUGCCACCUGAAUUCUGUACAAGUAAUACCAACGCUGGUGCAGGUGGGCCCGGUACAGUGUUUUCAGGACAGACAGGAAAUGGGAUUGCUCGCCUGACCAUAGACAACAGAGGCAAAAACCCCAUGGUCAAGAUGGAUGCUGAUUGUUUGGAGUUUGAUGUGGUGACAUCAGGGGCUGCUGCAUGGGUCACUGACACAAGUACAGAUCUGGAUGAGAUUGUUCUUGCAAAUGGCGGUCAUCUUGUGCUGGACACUGAUAUGACGAUGGAGAUCGCUGGGGAUGACUAUGGUGUUGUUCAUUUAAAAGACACCAGGACCUUGACACUGGCAGCAGCUUUGACUGCUAAUAUGUAUAUAUCAACAGGAGCAACACUCAGACUACCAGCUGGAAAUACUGUAGAUAUCCCUAAGUGGGUUUUUGUCAGGGGCACCUUGCAGUAUGAUGCUUCAGCAGAAAUAACUGUUAAGGGUAACUUCUCUUUGGAGAGCCAGGAUAUUGAUGUGGGUUUACUCAAAAUUGACACAGAUGCAUCCAUGGUUGUGGUUGGCAGCAAUGACUUUCAAGUUACCACACCCAAAUUCCAGUCUUACGGCAACUUUACAGCUGGAAUUGUCAACAUGACAAGUUUACAGGAAUUCUAUGUUGGCACAGCAGGAAAUGCAACAUUUGAACCUGCGUCUUAUGACAUGUACUUGGGUAAAAAAAUACAAGUGCUUGGUGAGCUGAAUUUGCUGAAGGCACUGUCUAUACGACAAGUUUGUGAGGAGUUUACAAUUAGUGGUGGAAAGAUCACAUGGCCCAACGGUACUACCAUUAUAUUGGAAUGUGAUGUUGUUACAAUCAAUGGAGAGUUUGAUGCAGGUACAAUAAAUUUCAGAAAUGGUAUUGGAUCACUAGAAGUUGGAUCAUCAGGGAAAUUCUAUUUCACUUCUGAUGGACCUGUUUUGACAAAUGCUUUAGAAGUGUCCGGUGAAAUGUUUGUGAGUAACAUUGUAGAAUUCAAAUCUUUUAACAGAACUGAUGAGAGAAUUGAACUUGUGAUUAUACAGCCUACAGGAAAUCUCCAACUCAACAAAGAUUCCCUUCCGAAGAUUUCCGGUGGAGCUCAGGUUAGUACCAACUACAGUCUUAUGAUGGCCCGCUACCUGUUUGUGAAUGGAACCAUGGAUGGUGGUAUCCUUGACAUGUCUCCCGGUAUUGACACCUUAUGGGUCGGGUCAGCUGGAAACAUGGAAUUCACUCCAUCCACAAGUGAUCUGUUGCUCUCGGAUGCCUUUAUUGAUGGAUCGUUUACCUCCAAAACACCAAUAGUCAUAAGGGGAAUAACUGCUGCAAAUGCCCAUGAACUUUACAUCGGAGUAACUGGUGUAUUUACUCUAGAUUCUACAGUUCAGUCUUCAAAAUCAUGGACAGGUCCCUCUACACUAGCCUUUACCAACUUGUAUGUGAGUGGUAAGCUAUACGCCGGACAAAUGAGGACACAUGUGGACUCGUUGACCAGUGGCUGGGACUAUUUAUUAGUGGGAACUGGGGGCGAUAUGAAAUUUAAGGCUGAUGAGGGAUCAGAUUUUAUUUGUAAUACAGUUGAAGACAAUGGCAUUAUUGAUGUCUACAAUACCAUUCAGAUGGUGGGCAAGACAUCCAUGUCCUUAAACUUGGUCAUUGGAAAUAGUGCCAGAUUCAAACUAGACGUGGAUUCAUCUCAUCCUAGUGGUCCAUUUAGUAGUGUGUCUAACAUCACAGCCAACGUGUUGAGGACAAAGUCCAGCAGUAACACCUACCUGGGUGACACAAACCUACACAUUACAUCAGUAGAGGUGGAUGGCAACUUGUAUUGUAUGCCCACCCAGUCUGUAGAUGUCACUUACCUAACUGUACAAUCCAACGGCCACGGCUUCUUCCCAACAGAUGUUGUGUUUAACGGCAACACCGUGGACAUAGAAAGUGGAGGGAGAUUAGAGGUUGACUAUCAGCUGGAACCCGAUGAUCCACUGGAAGGCAAUCCUAACAGCAAUAUCAAUUACCAGUCUGUAAUUGUUGAUGGUACACUACAGGCAGGGUCGCUACAGGUUACUGGGACUAAUAUGAUGGUAUCAGGAACCGUGGAUGUGUCUGGAGGAGGAUACAAGUCACAACAGGGACCAGGUGCUGGAAAGUCCUCUUCGAGCAGAGGGAGCGGAGGAAGUUAUGGUGGCAGGGGAGGUAAAUCUACACACGCUUCCGCCUCUGAUUCCUAUGGUACUAUCUAUACCACGGGUACCUGGGGAAGUGGUGGAGGAGACUCGGGCAGUUAUAAGGGUGGACGUGGAGGAGGACGACUGUUAGUACAAUCUACUGAGACCUUCACCAUGAAUAGUACUGGCUUGAUCAGCUCCAAUGGUGAUGACCGUUCGGGUUCCUAUGGUGGUGGUGGCAGUGGUGGCUCCAUCUCCAUCACCUGUAAAACACUGGACAUGUACGGACAAAUGACUGUUAACGGUGGUGCUGGCCACACUAGUGGCAGUGGAGGUGGUGCUGGUGGCAGGGUUUAUGUUAAGUUUGAGAGCGGCACAUAUACCAGUGGUCUAGUUACAGCUAAAGGUGGAGUGGGCUAUGAGCCUGGAGGUCCAGGAAUGAUAUAUUUUGAGGGAGAUCAGUCUCGCAAUCUUAGAGUUGACAAUAAAUGUCAAAAACCCACAGUAACAGAACCAACAGGUAACACUGCAGAGGAGUCUCACUUCAAUACAUACAUAAACACAGGUGCCAUUGCUUUCCUCUAUCCACCUAUGGACGACUUUGUGUAUGACUUCACAACUGUUGAGAUAUAUGGAGGGGCCCACCUGACAACUAUUGGUAACAGGACCACUAUAAAGACAUUAAAAGUUGUUGGAGACGACACAGGUCAUUUGCAUAUUCCACCCACCCACACCUUGGAGCUAACUGAGACUACCCAACAUCGCAGGGCAAAUGUUACCUACCUUCUCUUCCUGUAUAAAAAUGCUACUUGGAUUCUUCCGGAUGCUACUGUAGAGUUUCGCGAGUCACUGAAUGAAGUGUCCCAGGGUAUCAGUUCCUCAGCUUGUUCUUCUUCAUACCUUAACAGCAACACAGUGAAGAUCUGGGGUACUGUAGUUGGCGACAAGGCAAACCUCUUAUUGGCAUCAGGAGCAACCCUGUCGUUUGAGGAUUCAGCCGAGCGCAAUGUGAGGUUUUCCAACGUCACUAUACAAAACAAUGCAGUUCUGGAUCUAACAGAUACUACUGAUGAUGAGAGUGAUUCCUGGAACUUUGUGGUGAAGAGACAAGGUCAAGUUGGUCAGUUCCUUGUGGAGGGUGACGGUGUGGUCACUGCCAAGAACUUUUAUUUGGAGACAAACAUUUUGAAAGUUGACAAGAAUGGUUUGAUCUCUGCUGAGGGUUUAGGUCUGAGACAAGGAGAUGGGAUGGGUACUUCUCCUGCUGGAGGUGGUUACGGUGGUCGUGGUGGAGCUGCAUCUACAACAGGAUACUAUCCUGGUGAGAUCUAUGGAUCCUACAUGGAACCUCGGUCAUUUGGUAGUGGAUCCAAUGUAGCUUCCUCUACCUAUGGUCGUGGUGGCGGAAUUUUGAACUUGGUGGCAUCGAAGAGUACAUGGAUCGAAGGUAUAAUCCAGGCUAAUGGUAAAGUGGGCACCUCCUCUAUCCCAGGAGGCAGCGGGGGUAGUAUAAUGAUCACCACUGACCACUUAGAGGGCUCUGGAUCCAUCCAGGUCAAGGGAGCAAAUGGUGUGUCCUCACGUGGAUCUGGUGGUGGAGGACGGAUGGCUGUUUCUUAUAAAAGGAUACAGUUUUGGUAUGGAGAGUUCCAAGCCUUUGGCGGUACUGGGGGAGCAGGAAGUGGCGGAGCAGGGACCAUAUACCUAACUGAUACGCUACUGAGUGCUGGGAAUACCACUCUGUACAUUGACAACAAUGACUACACGCCUUCCACCUCCACUAUAACUGCCUCCUACACAUCAACUGUAUACAGUCGUGAUGCUGGCCGUACCUGGCUCAACACCACUGAAAAGUUUGAUAGGAUGGCUCUUGUACGCAAUGCCCACCUGGCAAUCCUCCCGGACAUUAUCUAUCCAGUAGAGUUUUCGUCACUGAAAUAUGUUGGAGACAACACAGGAACUGUACACGUUGGUCCGGACCAGGUGCUAGUUGUUGAUCACGCUAAUGAUGGUGAAUUCCUAGUCAAUGUUUACGUGUAUGAGGGAGGCACCCUCCUUCUUCCUCCAACUUUCCAAUGUUACGACAUUAACAUCAUCGUCUGGGGUAUACUUGGUGUUGAAGACGUUAUAGUCAGUAGUGGCUGUAAGUUGAAGCUCGGGGCUUCAGGUACAACACGAACAGCAACCACUCAGCCUGGUACCGUGGGCACAUACACAUUUAACUCCCUCACUGUGACUGCUGGUGGAGAGGUUACUGUUACUGACGACCUCACCAAUGACCAUAGUGAACUCAACAUCGUCGCCAACAAUCUUUGGGUAAAAGGUGGUGGUCAUUUGCAUGCAGUCAAAGUCAACAUCGAUGCUGACACAAUGAUUGUGGAUGACCUUGGGGAGGUCACAGGUGAUGUUCACACAAAAUCCUGUACUGUAGGUCAAGGUUACCAGGCAUAUGGUGGAUCAGGUGCUGGCCAUGGUGGUUCUGGGGGACAUGGAAGGAAUCAAGCUCGGGUUGGCAUGCCAUAUGGAUCUCUUUUUGAACCAACUGACCUUGGAUGCCGGGGCGGAUCAGGAACAAGUGGCACAACAGGAGGACGAGGUGGUGGCUCUGUGUAUUUACGGGUGAACACCACUCUACAGAAUGAUGGCACAAUCAGCUGUAAUGGGGAGACUGCCACCAGCUACGCUGCAGGUGGCGGUAGUGGAGGGUCUCUUUAUAUCAACGUCAACAACAUUAAGGGCUUUGGGAAGUUCCAGGUAAUUGGUGGAGAUGGUGAUGUUUACUCUUCCUACACAGGUGGAGGGGGAUCAGGAGGCCGUGUAGCUGUAUACUUAGCCCAGAACAAGACAUUUAUGGGGAAAUUUGAUGCAUAUGGUGGUCUCGGUGGUAAUAGUGUGGGCAAUGGUAGUCCAGGGACAAUCUUCUUCUUUCACACAGUUCACAAGCACUCUACUCUGUUGCUGAAUAACAACAACAGAGGACCAUCCAAUAGUGACGCUAUCACUGACUACACAGACCUCACUGAGGAUGAAGGUCGUGCCUGGUUCUUACCAGAACAUGGCAACCACAGAUAUGGUUUGUAAUCCAGGAAAUAACAAUUUCAAAGAACUGAAAAAAAUUAUAUGACAAAAAUCAAAAGAAACAUCAGAAAAGGAUACCAAAGGAUUUAUCUUUAAGCCCCAUCCCCUACAUAGUGUUAAAGUUUGGGGAGGGCUUAUUUCAUAACCACAUUUAAAUUACUGUUUUAAAAUCAAUGAUUCUAUCAAAAUGAAGGACAAGGUUAUUUGUGUACAGGGGCAUAUAUAUGUAAA